AUGUCAGGAAUGGCGUCUCGUAUCAAGAAGUGCAGGGAGCGUGCGGCCGGAAUCGGCUCCUGGGAGCAACCUGUGAAAUUUCUCAAACAGGAUUAUGAAGCGCUCCGACAGCAGUGCUUGGAAACGGGAAGCCUGUUCUGUGAUGAGUCUUUCCCCGCGUGUCCUUCAUCCCUGGGCUACAAUGAACUCGGACCUGGUUCAUUCAAAGUUAGAGACGUGGAGUGGAAACGCCCGGGAGAUCUGUGUGCAAACCCUGAAUUUAUAAUUGGAGGAGCAUCACGUACGGAUAUCUGCCAAGGGGCGCUUGGUGACUGCUGGCUUUUGGCUGCCAUUGCAUCACUGACCCUGAACAAUGAGGUUCUACACAGAGUGGUGCCUGAAGGACAAGACUUCAGCUCUGAUUAUGCAGGAAUUUUCCAUUUCCGGUUCUGGCAGUACGGAGAAUGGGUGGAUGUGGUGAUCGAUGACAGGCUGCCCACGAAGGACGAUGAGCUGAUGUUUGUGCACUCAGCUUCAGGGAACGAGUUCUGGAGUGCUCUGCUGGAGAAAGCUUAUUCAAAGUUAAAUGGGUCCUACGAAGCACUGUCCGGAGGAUCCACAACAGAGGGGUUUGAAGAUUUUACAGGAGGAAUUUCAGAGUGGUAUGAACUAAAUGAAGCACCAGACAAUCUCUUUAAGAUCAUACAAAAGGCAUUAAGAAGUGGGUCACUACUUGGCUGUUCUAUUAAUAUCACAAGCUCAGCAGAAACGGAGGCUAUUACUUCGCAGCAGCUGGUCAAAGGACAUGCUUACUCUGUAACUGGAGCAGAAACAGUGAGCUAUCAAGGUGAUCAGGAAAAAUUGAUCCGAGUCAGGAAUCCUUGGGGUCAAGUAGAGUGGACUGGAAGCUGGUCUGACAAUGCAUCAGAGUGGGGAUGUGUCCCUGAUGAAGAAAGAGAGCGCCUUUGUGACCGAUCGGAGAAUGGAGAAUUCUGGAUGGCAUUUUCUGAAUUUCUAAGGAAUUUCUCUCGAGUGGAAAUCUGCAAUCUCACCCCUGACACACUUGCCAGUGAUGAAGUUCAUAAAUGGAGCAUGAUUGUUCACAAUGGGUCCUGGAGAACUGGAUCUUCUGCAGGGGGAUGUCGAAACUACCCAAAGACAUUUUGGACAAAUCCUCAGUUUAAGAUUGUUCUGAAUGAAGCAGAUGAAGAUCCUGAUGAUGAAGAUGAGUUGUGCAGUUUUCUAGUUGGGGUGAUUCAGAAGAAUCGUAGACAGCAACGGAAAAUGGGAGAGGACAUGCAUACUGUAGGCUUUGCUAUCUAUGAGGUCCCUGAUGAGUAUAAAGGCCAAACUAAUAUUCAGCUGAGAAGGGACUUUUUCAUGACCCAUGCGUCCCGUGCUAGAUCAGAAACCUUCAUCAACCUGCGAGAGGUCAUGAACCGACAUGCUCUUCCACCCGGACAAUACUUCAUUGUACCAUCCACUUUUGAGCCAAAUAAAGAUGGAGACUUUGCAAUCCGUAUAUUUACAGAGAAACAAGCUGAAGUAGAGGCAAUAGACAUUGAAGUUGAUGCAGUACUGGAGGAUGAGGAGGUUGAUGAAGAAGACAUUAGUAGGAACUUCGAGAAUUUGUUUGAUUAUUUAGCGGGAGAGGAUGCGGAGAUUUCCGCCUUCGAGCUGCAAAGUAUACUGAACAAAAUUGUAUCCAACCGUGAAGACAUUAAAACUGAUGGCUUUACUUUGGAGACCUGUCGAAAUGUAAUCAGUCUAAUGGAUAAAGAUGGAUCAGGAAAAAUUGGACUAGUCGAAUUCAAGGUGUUUUGGAACAAGUUACAGAAGAUGCUGAAAAUCUUCAAGAAGAUGGAUGCUGAUGAAUCUGGUACCAUGAGUUCACAUGAAAUGCGACUGGCACUUGAAGAAGCAGGUUUCACUCUGAACAAUACAUUGAUUCAGAUCAUUGUUGCACGUUAUGCAAACUCCAACCUGGUCAUUGACUUUGAUAACUUUGUUGGCUGUUUGAUUCGACUGGAAACCAUGUUCAGGAUAUUUAAAUCAUUAGAUCUGGAUGAUGGAGAAGCAGAGUUGGAUAUAUAUCAGUGGCUGCGUCUGGUACUGAACUAAAAUGCUGCUAUGUCACAAGAAGGCAGUCUUCAAUCAAUAACCAAAUACUAAAAUGGACAUCUCUAAACUAUAAAGGAGCAACAUGAGAACUAAAAUAAUUCCACUAAUUGGAUAUCAUGUAUCGGCAUAGAGUGAAGGGAAUAGGGUUCUGAUUUUGUUAGUGCAUUGCUAUCCUGUCUUUAAGGUGAAUUGCUACACAGCAAUGUGGGAAUCAAAACUAUUUUAAUCCAGAUCAUAUUGAGUAUCAAUAUUCCUGAAAGACAUCUUAUAUUAGUUAUACAUCUUAUAUUUGCAGCAGCCACAUUGUAUCAGUGAUUUACUAAUGAUUAUUACCUUUUGUAAGAAAGUCCAAAUAUUCAAAAAUUAGCAACUCCUUUCUUUAAGUCUAUAAAUAUGGCACAAGUAGAUCACAACAAUGGUGAUCAGAGAAUCAUGUUUUGGAAUCUUGGUUUAUAAAACAAAUAGAAUAUUCAAACUGAAUUGACCUUUUACGUUUAGAAACUGUUUGUUUUGUGCUAUACAGCCAUAGAAAUGUUUUCCCAAUUGGUUACUGAAAAGAACUAAUAUAAUUGCUGGUGCUUUUAUUAUGUUUGCUGGAUGCUUUUGGUACAAGCAUUUAAUAUAAAUCAAAAUAUGCUUCAAAUUUUAAAACUGCUUUUAUUUGCACAAUUGUAUCUAAAAUUAAAUACAGAAUAUGGGU